AUGGGGAUGCAAGACUAUGAGCGGGCCAUCUUUAUCAACUGCGACGCAAAGGAGAUGCCAGGCCAAAAGUCAAAAGAGAACAGGGGACAAGCAGAGCUCUGCCUCCACAUCUGCAAGCUCUUGACCAGUGGUUCAGGGCCAGAGGGCCCCUCACACUCAAUUGUGGUGUUGACGCCCUAUACUCGCCAAGCCGAGGUCCUUAAGCGGAUGCUGUCCAGUAUACCCUACAAAGUCGAAGUAUCAAGCAUCGACGGAUUUCAGGGUCGCGAGGCGGACAUCACCGUGUUUGUAACCGUGCGAUGUAACGAGCACCGUGAGAUCGGGUUCUUGAAGGACAUGCGAAGGAUGAAUGUUGCUCUGACUCGGGCAAGAUCAGCGCUGAUUGUUGUUGGGAACCGGGUGACGUUAACCGAAGGGACGGCAGAUGUGGAGAGUGCAGUUAUGUGGAGGAAGUUACUCAGAAGUCUGACAGAGGUGAAGCUAGAGGCUCCCAUCAACGACUCAGUCAAGAAGUGA